CAGGGGCGCUGGGCGCGGGCGGCGCCGGUGGCCGGAGCGGCUUCGCGGGCGCAGGUCUCGCUCAUCAGCACGUCGUUCGUGCUCAAGGGAGACGCGACGCACAACCAGGCGAUGGUGCACUGGACGGGCGAGAACAGCAGCGUGAUCUUGAUCCUGACGAAGUAUUACCAUGCAGACAUGGGGAAGGUUCUGGAAAGUUCCCUGUGGCGGUCGUCGGACUUCGGGACAUCCUACACCAAGCUCACCCUCCAGCCUGGAGUCACCACCGUCAUCGACAACUUCUACAUCUGCCCGACCAACAAGAGAAAGAUCAUCCUGGUGAGCUCCUCGCUCAGCGACCGGGACCGGAGCCUGUUCCUCAGCACAGACGAGGGCGCCACCUUCCAGAAGCAGCUCAUCCCCUUCUCUGUGGAAACACUGACUUUCCACCCUGAGGAGGAGGACAAGGUCCUGGCCUAUAGCAAGGAGAGCGAGCUCUAUGUGUCAUCUGACCUGGGGAAGAAGUGGACACUUCUGCAGGAGCGAGUGACCAAAGACCACGUGUUCUGGGCUGUGUCCGGGGUGGAUGCCGACCCUGACUUAGUCCACAUGGAAGCCCAGGACCUUGGAGGAGGUUUUCGGUACAUGACCUGCCGGACCCACAACUGCUCCGAGAAGACGCUCGCGGCCCCGUUCGCGGGCCCCAUCGACCACAGCUCCCUGACCGUGCAGGACGGCUACGUCUUCUUUAAGGCAACCUCAACAAACCGGACUAAAUACUACGUCUCUUAUCGUCGCGGUGAAUUUGUCCUGAUGAAGCUGCCGAAGUACGCACUGCCAAAGGACCUGCAGAUCGUCAGCACGGAGGAGAACCAGGUGCUGGUGGCGGUGCAGGAAUGGUACCAGACGGACACCUACAACCUGUACCAGUCGGACCCGCGCGGCGUGCACUACUCGCUGCUGCUGGAGGACGUGCGCAGCUCCCGGCAGGCGGAGGAGAGCGUGCUCAUCGACGUCCUCGAGGUCCGAGGGGUGAAAGGCGUCUUCUUGGCGAACCAAAAAAUCGAUGGGAAGGUGGUGACGCUUAUAACCUACAACAAGGGACGUGACUGGGAUCACCUGAGGCCGCCCAGCACGGACAUGAACGGAAAACCUACCAACUGUAAGCCUCCGGACUGCCACCUCCACCUGCACCUGCGCUGGGCAGACAACCCCUACGUGUCGGGCACCGUGCACACCAAGGACACCGCCCCGGGCCUCAUCAUGGGCGCAGGUAACCUGGGCUCACAGCUGGUGGAAUACAAAGAAGAGAUGUACGUCACGUCAGACUGCGGGCACACCUGGCGGCAGGUGUUCGAGGAGGAGCACCACAUCCUCUACCUGGACCACGGGGGCGUGAUCGUGGCCAUCAAGGACACCUCCAUCCCCUUGAAGAUCCUCAAGUUCAGCGUGGACGAGGGCCUCACCUGGAGCACACACAACUUCACCAGCACCUCGGUGUUUGUGGACGGGCUGCUGAGUGAGCCGGGGGACGAGACGCUGGUCAUGACCAUCUUCGGCCACAUCAGCUUCCGCUCCGACUGGGAACUGGUCAAGGUGGACUUCCGGCCCUCGUUCUCCAGGCCGUGUGGGGAGGACGACUACAGCUCCUGGGACCUCACCAACCUGCAGGGCGACCGCUGCAUCAUGGGCCAGCAGAGAAGCUUCAGGAAGAGGAAGGCCUCAUCCUGGUGCGUCAAGGGGAGGAGCUUCACGUCGGCGCUCACGGCCCGCGUGUGCCAGUGCCGGGACUCGGACUUCCUCUGCGACUACGGAUUCGAGCGCUCUCCCUCCUCAGAAUCUGACGCCAACAAGUGCUUUGCCAACUUCUGGUUUAACCCUCUGGCCCCGCCUGACGACUGUGUCCUGGGCCAGACCUACACCAGCAGUCUCGGGUACCGGAAGGUGGCGUCCGACGUGUGCCAGGCGCCCUGCGACGUGAGGGAGGAGGACGCCGGGGACAGCAGAGCGGUGCCAGGAGCACGCGGAGCGGCCGGCUCGGCGGAGGGAGUCUGGAAUGAAGAGGGGACAGGCCUGUCAGCCCCACCACUCCAGGGGGCCAGGACCCUGACUGCGGCAGGCACGGGACUGGGUCGGCCAGAGGGCGAUGUCCUGACCACCAAGUACCAGGUGGACCUCGGGGACGGCUUCAAGGCCGUGUACGUGAACCUCACCUUGACAGGGGAGCCCAUCCGGCACCGCUACGAGAGCCCCGGCAUCUACCGUGUGUCCGUCCGGGCGGAGAACACGGCGGGGCACGACGAGGCCGUGCUCUUUGUCCAGGUCAACUCCCCCCUGCAGGCCCUCUACCUCGAAGUGGUUCCUGUCGUUGGCAUCAACCAGGAGGUGAACCUCACGGCCGUGCUGCUGCCUUCGAAUCCCAACCUCACCGUCUUCUACUGGUGGAUCGGCAACAGCCUGCAGCCCUUGCUCUCCCUGGACAACUCAGUGGCGACGCGGUUCUCGGCCCCGGGGGACGUGCGCGUGACGGUGCAGGCCGCCUGCGGGAACUCCGUGCUGCAGGACUCCAGGGUGGUCCGCGUGCUGGAUCAAUUUCAGGUGGUGCCUCUGCACUUUUCCAAGGACCUGGACGCACACAACCCCAACACCCCUGAGUGGAGAGAGGACGUCGGCCUGGUGGUCACCCGGCUCCUCUCCAAGGAGACCGGCAUCCCUGAGGAGCUGCUGGUGACCGUGGUAAAGCCGGGGCUGCCCACCUUGGCCGACCUGCACGUGCUCCUGCCCCCUCCCAGGCCCACGAGGAAGAGGAGCCUCACGAGUGACAAGAGACUCACGGCCAUCCGGCAGGUGCUGAGUGCACAGAAGAUCAGCUUCCUCCUGCGGGGCGGGGUCCGCGUCCUGGUGGCCGUGAGGGACACAGACACAGAUUCUCAGAGGCUGGGAGGAGGCGGCGGCUACUGGGCGGUGGCGGUCCUCUUUGUCAUCGGACUCUUUGCGGUGGGAGCCUUCAUCCUCUACAAGUUCAAAAGGAAACGCCCCGGCAGGACGGUGUACGCCCAGAUGCACAAUGAGAAGGAGCAGGAAAUGACGAGCCCCGUGAGCCACAGCCAGGGCGUCCAGAGCGCCAUCCAGGGUGAGGAGUUUAUAGAUGAUGGUCUGGACGCGCAGACUCUAGGGAAUCGCUCUGGCGUGGUCCUGAGCAUCAACUCCCGGGAGAUGCCCAGCUACCUGGUGAGCUGAUGCCAACGGAGGCCCGCGCCCAGAACACUCUCCUGUCCGUCGUUUCCCCCCCGCGGAGGGCACAGAACCACAAACGCAGCCGGCACGGUGCUGGGAUGGGCAUCCCCCUGGGACCUGCGGAAAAGCCGCCUUCUCCAGCCAUCCCCACGCAAGGGACAGAGG